AUGUACGGGGAUCCAAGCACUUCCGCCGCCUCCUCUGGCGCGUCCCUUACUGCUUUGCAAUCGCAUUCACUCUCCAAGCCACCGCGGUCGCAGUCGCAGUCGCAGUCGCAACCGCCACCAUCAUCGUCAUACCCAUCCACCUCUCUGCCCCUAGCAGCCUCGAGUCGCACCAGUCCCUUCACGCCCAGCACCCUUGCGCCAUCAUCUACAACAACAGCCUCCUCCACCGCCUACACGAGCGCGACCGUGAUCGCGCCGCCGGCCACAUCAUCAUCCAUGGCGGCCUCCCUCUUUUACCCGACGCCUCAGCCCAUCGGCCCGCCCUUGUCCGCUGCGACCCCAUCGCAUGCCUCAUCAUCGUUCGCGCAUUCGUUCGACAGAGAUGCGCCAGCUCCCAUUGGAACCCGCCAACCUGGUGUUGACUAUGCCGUCCUCGUCCAACGACUACCGCCCGAGACCACCGAGCAGAACCUAAGAGUGAUGUGUAUAUUCUCUGACGAGCUGCUGGAUGUCAACAUGCUCGGCGUUUCAGCAGAGCCCGAUGGCAACUUUUGCUCCGCUGUCCUCCGCUUCAAGUCUUUCGACGGUGCCCAGGAGGCGCAGACUAUACUCAACGGGAAAAAGGGUAUGAUGGUUGAUCACCUCGGCUCCAGGGGGCCCUUUGCUCCCGACAGGAACAAGUCUGGUCCGUCCAGCGGGGCGUCUUCGACAACCUCGCCUGGAACCACGGCGACGCAGCCGCCUCGUUUCGACGGUACCUUCUCGCCGCUCGAAAAGACGUCGCCCUCGAUCAACGGAAACUACGUCACCGGCGACUUUGGCAGUGCGAAGCCCAACUACAACUACAAGACAUUCUUCUCGCCGCAGUCACCUAUCGGAAAUCAUCUCAGCGAGCAGCCCCGCAAUACUGGCAAGAGCUUGAUCAACGAUGCGACCGACGACGACGAUACUGGAGACAUCCUUCAGCUUCCCCGCGCCUUUGGAGAGAAUGGAUCGGUGACAGCCCAGCGUCGAGCGACCGCACCUCAGAUCCCCAUCCUGGACAGAAUGGCGUCCCUUUCCCUCAAUACCGGUCCGGCAAACGGUGCGCCCUCAUCUCAGCGUGCACAUGGCCAGCCAGGGGCGUAUCAACCGCAUUCGGCCCAUCCCAACAACACCAUGUCCCCAACGGCUAUGAAUGGUACCAACGGGCAUUAUCAAACGGGUCCGGUGCAGUGGCGUACGCAUGUUCCGCCUCCUGCGAACCCUGCCGACAUGAACCCGCCUUGCAACACCCUCUACGUUGGGAAUCUACCUAUGGGCAGCUCGGAGGACGAGCUGAAGACCGUUUUCUCGAGGCAGCGCGGCUACAAGCGACUGUGCUUCCGGGCGAAGGCCAACGGACCCAUGUGCUUUGUCGAGUUUGACGACAUUUCAUGCGCGACAAGGGCACUCCAUGACCUCUAUGGAUACCCACUCACCACCAGUGUGAAGGGGGGCAUCCGGCUGAGCUUCUCGAAGAACCCUCUCGGCGUCCGAACUCCUCAGCCUCCUGGACAGGGCCCCUCGGGACCUCUGGCCGGGCCCAAUGGGCUCAUGAAUCACUCGACGAACGGCUUCGCAUCGGCCGGGCCUCCUCCCGGACUCACCGCGCCCCCAGGUCUCAACGGGGGUCGAACGAACGGACCGUACUCAGCCUCUGGUGUGCAGAAUAGUUCAACCCCGAGCUCGUCCUAUCCGCCUUCGACGAUGUCCAAUGGCUCAGCCAACACGUCGCUCCAAUUUGGCAACAGUGCGGCUGCCCCCAGCUAUGGAGGUAAUGCAUGGGGCUCCAGCAGCUACUUCACCUCUCCGCCCAUUUCCGCAUCCAACGGUGUGGCAUCUCCGCCAUUGGCAGGGGCACCAAACGGUUCUGCCAGCUUCAACUCGUACAGACGGGGCCAGUUCUAG